CGAAUAAAAUAACUUGCUUUGUCUAUUCAUCAGUAAAUGCCUGUUGCGUUUUGAUGCGACAAAGGCGGUGAUUUUGAAAAUGGCGGCCGAAGAGGAAAGCGAAAUGUCCGAAGUCUUACCCCGCGAGAUUUUGAAGCCGUUCAAUAAGAUGCCGGUUCGAAACGCUGCCACUGUGUUGCUUGUUGGCAGCUACGGCACGGGGAAAAAGCAGCUAGCCAAGUCCAUGGUGGAUGUCUGCACAGACACAGGGCUCAAGCUACAAGUUCGUACCACCACUAGCCUGCCGCUACCUGAGGAGAACACAGACACCAGACCCAGGAUAGACUACAUAGCCUUCAUCAUAGACCUCACCAACAGACUCAGUUUCUCAACAGUCCAGUCAGCUGUACAGUGUGUGGAUGUUGAGUACUUCCUUGGCAGAGCCUGUUUUGUGGUAACAAAUGUCAAAGGUACCUCUGACCAUUGUGUGGAGAUGGAGGAAGUGUCCAGACUGGCAGACAUGUACAACACCAUGUACAUCUGUGGGGGCAUAAAGGAGGGUGAUCCUGAUGAGAGAACAACCCUGGCCAAUCGGCUGCUGCAGCUGGUGGAGGUGUCUGCAGGCAGGAAGAAUGUUUCCCCCCUACUGGUGGACUUAACCUGCAGGCAGCUGUCCUUCCAAGAGGAGCAGACUGAGUUCUACACUGUCUAGACCUCUUUGGAUUUGGAGUUUUUGUAUUGUAUAUUGUUGUGUCAGCUUUUUGUACUAGUAUUUGAAGAGGUACAUAUGUUGGUAGAGGGAUCCCACAAGAUGCACACAUUGACACUUGGCAUACCACUGCAAAAUCUCAUGUCUUAGAGAACUUUGAUAAUGGGUAGGGUGACAAACCUGUGUGUACUAUUAUAUAUCAGUAUUUUAUAAUGUACUAGAUAUAAGUGAAAGAAGUAGGUUUUAACAUAAGUUUAUUUAUACUCAAACACAGCUGCUGUUAAAGGACCUCUCUGAGAUUCCAAUUGCAACUCUAAUAUUCUCAUCAUUUGUUCACAUUUGUUCAUUGUAUCUGUUCAUAGAUCAUAGAAUCUACAUGUACAUAUACAGGGUAAUUAGCUUUGUUAUGCUUGCGUGUCAUUGCAUUAAAACUACCGGUAAAGCAUAUUCUUUCACUGCCC